AUGGCAGAUAUUCGUCAGAUGUUUCGACAAAUUCUCAUUCACGAAGACGAUAGAAAAUAUCAAAUGAUAGUUUGGCGCAAUGAGCCGAACGAAAUACUAAAAUACUACAUCCUGAAUACAGUGACAUAUGGCACAUCAUCUGCUCCCUUCUUAGCCACCAGAUGUAUAGUUCAAUUAGCAGAGGAAGAAAAGGCUCAAUUUCCUAAAGCAGCCCAUGCGGUUUUAAAUGGAGUCUAUGUAGACAAUUUCAUGACAGGAGCUAAUGACCUCUCAGAAGCUAAUAAACUUAAGAAAGAUAUCAUCUCAAUCUUAGCAAAAGGGCAGUUUGAACUCAGAAAAUUCUGUGCUAAUAACGACCGACUUUUAGAUGACACUCCAGAAGAACAUAGAGAGCCCUUUGUGAUAAUAAAUAAUUCCGAGACAGUCAAAACUUUGGGAUUGAUCUGGCAACCACAGCAAGAUCUUUUCAAAUUCAAUUAUGUACCAGAAUUUCACAAUCAGACUUCCAAAAGGACAGUGCUCUCUGAUCUAGGUAAGAAUUUCGAUCCUCUUGGCUUAAUCGGUCCAAUCGUCGUAAAAGGGAAGUUGUUCAUGCAACAGCUCUGGAAAUCUAAACUAGGAUGGGACUCACCACUACCAGAGGAGCUUAGCCUUCAAUGGCAUCGCUACAUUCAGCAGCUAAAUGAAGUCAAAUUCUUGUCCUGCCCUCGGCAUCUUCUUAGUCAAUCAGAAUAUGUUGACAUCCAACUACAUGCAUUCUCGGACAGCAGCGAAGCCGCAUACGGAACGUGUUGCUAUUUACGUUCACUAAGUCGUUCAGGCGAAGUAAACUGCCAGCUCAUAUGCUCCAAAUCACACCAUACCGAUUCGCAGAUUGUUUUAGCCUGGAUUUCCCAACCAUCAUACACAUGGGUUACAUUCGUCGCCAAUAGAGUAGCCAGAAUUCAAGAACUCUCACAAGCAGAGCAAUGGAGACAUGUUUCUGGAAAAAUUAAUCCGGCAGAUCUGAUCUCAAGAGGUUGUACAGUUGAUACCUUACAAUCAUCAUCUCUCUGGUUCCAAGGACCAAGCUUCUUAAUUUCAAUGCAUGAGAGCUGGCGAGAAACAGCAACAAUCAGCUCUUUUGAAGAAAUCCCGGAAAGAAAAUCAUCCAACAAGGCGCUCAUCGCAGCACAUCCGCAAUACUACAACGAUUCACUCCCAAAACUUGAGAGAAUAUUCGCUUACGUAUAUCGUUUCUACAAUAAAGCACGAAAAAUUCAAACUACUGAGGUGCUUUCAACUCUUCCCACUGUGGAGGAAAGUAAUCUCGCCCACAGCGGCUUAAUCAUAAAUAUGCAACUUCUUGAAUUCAAAAAUGAAUUUAAAUGCCUUCAAAAUUCUGAACAAGUUAAACAAACUAGUCGUCUUCGAAAUCUUUGCCCAUUUAUAGCCAGAGAUGGCUUGCUCAGGUCGCUUCAUGCAGCUCCACAGGCACUUCUCGGUAUAAUUCGUCAAAGGUACUGGCCUCUAGAUGGACUAAACAUGGCUCGUCGAGAAUUCAAUAAAUGCCAACGCUGUUUCCGUGUCAAACCAAAAUCAGUAGAGCAGUUUAUGGGCAAUCUUCCACCAGAACGGGUAUCACCAGAAGGUCCAUUUCUGACCACUGGCGUUGACUUUUGUGGCCCCUUUAAACUACGCUACCAGCGAAGGGCUCGAAUAAUCAUUAAAGGAUACAUCGCUGUCUUCGUCUGCUUCACCACUAAAGCAGUUCACUUAGAAGCAGUCGGAGAUCUAACUACAGCCUCGUUCAUCGCAGCACUCCGAAGAUUUAUCGCCCGGCGCGGCCUCUGUCGUACAAUAUUCUGCGACAACGCAACCAACUUUGUCGGAGCCCAAAACGAACUCAAAGAACUAGCGAGAUUAUUCGAUAGUGAAAGCCUGAUACAGAUUAAGGAAAUCUGUCGAGUGGACCGAAUCGAGUGGCGUUUUAUUCCUCCAAGGUCACAUCAUUUCGGCGGUCUCUGGGAGGCUGCCGUCAAGUCUGCAAAGUACCAUUUCAUUCGAGUAGCAGCAAAUGCGAUUCUUAACUAUGAAGAACUAACCACUCUCACCGCUCAAAUCGAAGCAAUUUUGAACUCGCGUCCAAUUACACCGCUCUCAUCAUCCACUUUCUCAUAG